CCAUUCCCCUUCACUUCACUCACACUCUCUCUCUCUCUCUUGCUUCGCAGCUUCUUGAACUGGGGAAGCUUCGACAUUGCUGUCGGAGCGGACCACGGCGCCGACAUCCUUGACGUUUCGUCUUCCUCGGUUGUCCGCCCACGAACUCCUUCGGAGCUCCCCGGUCGCUGAUUUCGCAGGGCCAGUUGCUCUGGCAUAGCAUUUGACUGGGAGACGGCAGAAAAAUGGUUCUUGGCUCGGGGGCGAACGCUAGAAAGAGCGCCUCGGUACAGCUUGAUUAUGUAAUCCAUGUUCAGGAGAUCACGCCUUGGCCUCCGUCGCAAACGCUCAGAUCCCUCCGCUCCGUCCUGAUCCAGUGGCAGAACGGGGAAAGGACUUCCGGCGCUACUAAGCCGGUCGUUCCGUUUCUCGGCUCUAAUGUCAGCGAGGGAAAAAUAGAAUUCAACGAAUCCUUCAGAUUAUCCGCAACCCUGCUGAGGGACGUCAAGGUCAAAGCUGGGAAUGGCGAUGUGUUCCAGAAAAAUUACUUGGAGUUUAACCUGUAUGAGCCUCGGAGAGAUAAUAUCAUGAAGGGGCAGCUGAUUGGCACUGCCAUGAUAAACUUGGCAGACUAUGGUGUGGUGGACGAGCCCCUGAAUAUAAGUGCUGCCUUGAACUGCAAAAGGAACUUUAGGAAUAUGGCUCAACCUAUUUUGUACGUCAAGAUUCACCCUGUUGAUAAGGGUAGGACUAGUUCAUUGUUAAGGGGAAGUAGUCACUCGAAGGAGGUGUCUCUAGGUAUAAAUGACUGUGAAUCUGUUAUAGAUUCAGUUAAUGAAGAAUUUGCUGAGGAAGCAGAGAUUACAUUCUCCACUGAUGAUGAUGGUUCCUCUCACUCUUCUGCGACCACUUCUUCUCCUCCUCUGGAGCAUAAUGGUGGUUCGGUGCAUCGAAUGCAGCUGAGUGGAUUGGUUGUUACGGAUAAUAAUAUAGAAAGCAAUGGAAAGGAGCAUAUCUUAGCUUCUGAAGCUGGGCUUAAAAGAUCGAACAUGAUGCCAGGCAUCAUUUCGCAUUGUACUGACAGAGAAGCAGCAGAUUCCAUCACAAGAAGAACUGGGAAAGUAGGUUCUGCCCAUGAAGUUCACCGGAAAGUUUCCUAUGAAAGAACUGAAAUUAGAAGCAAUGACCCAACAAAUGCUGAGAAUGGCAUGUUGCCCUGUUAUUCUGCCAAUGAAGUUUCAUCCGACGAGAUGCAGGGAUUUGAUGACUAUGCUGGCAGUGAGGCCAACAACGAGAAGAGAUUAACUCCAGAAACUGCUGCCAUUUUCCUAGGGAACAGAAAUGGUUAUUGCAUAACAGAGGAAGAAAACGAAAGAGGUCCUGUGCAGGAUACAGGGGGAGCAAGAUACCACAGUGGCUGUGACAGAAAGGUGGACAAAGUAUAUCCUAAGGAUACAAAACGCGCACUUAUGGAUGCCAAGCUCCACCAGCUGGAGAACAAAAUUCAAAUGCUGGAGGGAGAGUUGAGAGAAACUGCUGCCAUUGAAGUUGCUCUAUAUUCAGUGGUCGCAGAGCAUGGUGGUUCCACGAGUAAGUUUCAUGCUCCAGCUAGGCGCCUUUCUCGAUUUUAUCGCUAUGCUUUUAGAGAGCUUCCCCAAGCAAGAAGAGCUAAUGCAGGAAGGAGUAUAGUUUCAGGAUUGUUUUUGGUGGCGAGAGCAUGUGGAAGCGAUGUACCAAGGUUAACUUAUUGGUUGUCAAAUUCUGUGGUGCUAAGAGCAAUUAUAAGCCAGAUGAUACCGAAGGGAAAUAUUGAAUUACCACUAUCUUUAAAAUCGAAAGAGUCCUACCCCAGAAAGAAGGGAAAUAAAAAUGCCAGAACAGAGGCUGGCAUUGAGAAUGUGCAUAAACUCAUAUCUGAAUUGGAAAAAGUUGAAGCUUGGAUCUUCUCCCGCAUUGUUGAGUCUCUGUGGUGGCAGUCUCUGACUCCAUACAUGCAGUGUAGUGCUGCAAAGUUGCUUGGUAGAGCCAAGGGCUCUGGCUCUAUUAAAAACAACAGAAAAAUAAGAUAUGUUGAAGAUCAAGAGCAAGGCAACCUUUCAGUGGAUCUCUGGAAGAAAGCAUUUACGGAUGCAUGUGAGAGACUUUGUCCUGUCAGAGGUGGAGGCCACGAGUGUGGUUGUUUGCCCGUGCUUGCUAAAUUGAUAAUGGAGCAUUGCGUGGCUAGGUUAGAUGUAGCCAUGUUCAAUGCCAUUCUUCGGGAAUCUGCAAAUGAGAUUCCAACAGAUCCGGUGUCUGACCCCAUUAGUGAUCCCAAGGUUCUCCCAAUACCUGCAGGAAAGUCAAGCUUCCAAGCUGGUGCUCAACUGAAAAAUGCUAUUGGGAACUGGUCUAGAUGGCUGACUGACCUAUUUGGCUUGGAUGAUGAUGAUUCACAUGGAGAUGAGAACGGAAUUGUGGAUGAGGAUGAAACACGAGAUGCUACCUUCAAAUCAUUCUAUCUCCUAAAUGCUUUGAGUGAUCUUAUGAUGCUUCCUAAAGACAUGCUUUUAAGUAGACCGACUAGGAAAGAGGUAUGCCCUACGUUUGGUGCAUCUCUGAUUAAGAGGGUUCUCGACAAUUUCUCUCCAGACGAGUUUUGCCCUGAUCCGGUCCCAAAUGCCGUUCUGGAGGCCUUGGCCUCUGAGGAUCCUUUCGAAGCUGGGGAGGAAUUAGUCAACAGCUACCCGUGCAUUGCAGCCAAUCCAGUCUAUCCACCACCCUCGGCACCUUCUGUGGCAGGAUUCUUUGGUGAGCUCAGCAACCAAUCUCAACUGAGAAGAAGCAGGUCGUCCUUGCUUGAGAAAGCACAAAAUAGCGACGACGAACUCGAUGAAUUGAAUUCACCAUUAACAUCAAUCUUCUUAAAUGAAUCCUCAUCUUCAUCCUCCACAUCCGCUGAGCCCGUCCAGAUGAAUGGCAAAGGACACUGCCGAAAAUCUCUUAGGUAUCAGCUUCUGCGGGAGAUCUGGACGAACUGUGAGUAGCUAUAGAAAUUUACUCCGUGAUCAAGAAAUGAUUGUCAUUCCCUCCACCUCCUGCUUCUCCUCCUCCUCCUCCUCCUUCCCCUGGCUAUUCUGAGAUGUAAAUAUGCCAUCUGAUUUUGUUUCUACCGGUAUCUCUGAAGCUCCUAUAUAGAAAGAAUUUGGCAAAAGCUUAACGUGUGAACCGCUUUGAAGAGUCA